UAUAGAUAAUAAAAAUUAAUUUAUUUUUGUUUAUUUAAAUGACAGCUGACAGUCAACUUUAGAAAUUAGAGGUUAACUUAACUUACUUUAAAAACAAUAUUUAUCUGGGAUUCUGGGUCGUCGAAAUCACACUUACGAGAUAUAAUUCUAACGAAAAUAUGUUUCAAACUGAUACAUUCUAUAACGACUAUCAAUGGAAAGGUUAGAUGUACUAUGCAGCCCCAAAAAAUUUAAUUCCCAAUGAGAACUUAUUUUUAAUAACCAAUUUGUAAUGGAAGAAAAUAAUUUAGCAAAUGAAAUUGCUAAACUAUGUGUUGCGCAUUAUAAUCAAUUGCCAAAAACCGGGAAACCAAACACAAAACAAUGGACAAUAAUGUCUGCUAUAGUAGAACAAAAUAAAUUUAAAAAUACAUUAAAAGUAGUCAGUUUGGGUACAGGAUCCAAAUGUAUUGGACAGAAUAAAUUGUGUCCAAACGGAUCUAUUGUAAAUGAUUCGCAUGCCGAAGUGAUAUGCCGCCGUGCUUUUAUCAGAUAUCUAUACCAAAAAAUUAAUCAAUAUUAUUUGAACGAUAAGAAGACAAUCUUUACGAAGAAUACGAAUACAAAUAGCAAUCAAUUACAACUCAAACCUGAUGUUAAUUUUCAUUUGUUUUGUACACAAGUGCCUUGCGGUGAUGCUGCAAUUUUUCCUAAACAAUUUGACAAUGAUUUUGCUGGAGAAUGUUUGAUUAGCGUUAAUGAAGAACAGAAUUCCAAUAAUAAACGAAUUCUUGAUAUUAAUCGAACUGGAGCAAAAUGUUUGAAAACAGAAGAAAAGCAAGAUGUACAUGGUGAAGGGCCAAAUUACCACGUUACAGGUGUUAUCAGAACUAAACCAGGUAGAGGUGAUCCAACAUCUUCUAAAUCCUGUAGUGAUAAAUUAGCAAGGUGGAUACGUGUUGGAAUUCAAGGAGCGUUACUGACAUUAUUGACUGAACCGAUUUAUUUACAAAGUAUAAUCUUAGCAGAAAAUGUUAAUUAUUCAAAUGAAGCAUUUGAACGAGCACUGGUUUCUAGAUUCUGUAAUUCUGAAAUACCGUUAAAUACACCAUUCAAAUUGAUUAUACCAAAUAUUAUACAAUCAAACGUUUCGUUUCCACAUCAAAAAGAAUCUAAUUUAGAUUUAUGUCCAUCUAGUAUAAUUUGGUGUGAUUUCGAGGAAUGUAACUUAGAAAUAGCUGUGAAUGGAUUCAAACAGGGUGUAAUUAAAAAACAAUUAGGAUCUAAAAAAGCCCAACUUUACAUUUGUAAAAAACGUUUAUUUGAAACUUUGAUUACAAUUAUUGAUAAACAUUCUUUGUGGAAGUUAUUUAAUGAUUGUUCGUUAACUACUCGAAAUGAUUUAGGUAAAUUAACUUAUUUAGAUGUUAAAAACAAAUGUGUCGAAUAUAAUUCA